AUGUACAGAUCCGAGUCGAGAUUCUUCCGUCCAGAUGAGGCCGCGGUGCAUGCAGAGGUGAUCGAUGUCGACCUUGGAGAAUGCGAGUCUUUCGUUGCGAUUCAUCCGUCUUCGGAUCGUGUAUUCCCGGUGAAGGACUGUGUUGGAGAGUCUUCUAAUGGAUGUAUUUUUGGGGCGUGCACGACGACUGAAGAGGACCUUAUUCUGGCUGCUUUGGUACUGCGGGUCGGUCUGCAGCAGGGCUUGGAGCUUUCCAAGGAAAAGCGGAUAGUCGUCGCAGUGAGCCUGCCCAUCGCCAGGAACUUGAGAGACAUGGGCUUGCUGGACAUCUUCACCAAAUGCGGCUUCGAGCAACCUGCUCCCGGCUGUAGCAUGUGCCUUGGAAUUGCCGGGAACAUUGCUGAGCCGGGCUUCAGAUGGUUGUCCUCGCAAAAUCAAAUGUUCAAGGACCGAAUGGGAAAGGGUACGAGUGCUCGGCCGCAAUGA